AACAUGCUGAUGAAAAGGAUCUGUAGCCAUUUGUGUGUCAAACCACAGCAGGCUGUGAAAUCCCCAUGACGUCUUCCUCCAUCCCUCCAGUGACAGGACUAUCUCCGCACCAGGCCUCCGCUCUCUGCACUGACACUAAUGGGAAUUUCCAGCCAGGAAGUGAGAAGCAGAAUGGCCGUACUUCUUCAGAGCACAAGGCACACACCUCCAGCCCGGGAGGAGGAGGAGGAGGGCCUCAUGGUGCGAUGAGCUCACACUAACACCCGCCCAGGACACGGAGAAAACAAGGAAACUGAAAGGACUCUGCUCACCAGAAGAAGCCUCAGGGCGAUGGGCAUCUAGGGCAAAGUGCCCCUGAACACUGCUCUGGAUGUGACCUGAGGAGAACCGAGCUCAGCCCUGACAGGCAAAUAUGGCAAAACACGUGUUUGACAUGGCUGAUCCCAUGCUGGAUCCUUAUUUCACACCAACCCCUGCCUAUCUAUAUGAUGAGCACAUCAUACCUCACGAUACGCCUCAUAGGAAUGUUGACGGUCCUUAUCUUGAAAUCAUAGAGCAGCCUAAACAGAGAGGUUUCCGCUUUCGUUACGUGUGUGAAGGACCUUCACAUGGUGGUCUUCCUGGAGCUUCUAGUGAGAAAAACAAGAAAUCCUAUCCACAAAUUAAGAUAAACAAUUACGUUGGUCAAGCCAAAAUCAUUGUGCAGCUGGUGACCAAUGGCAAAGAUGUCCGGCUACAUGCCCAUAGCUUAGUAGGAAAACAUUGUGAAGAUGGAAUUUGCUCUAUAGCUGUGGGACCUAAAGACAAUGUUGUAGGGUUCCCCAAUUUAGGAAUUCUUCACGUAACCAAGAAAAAAGUGAUUGAGAUACUGGAGGCACGCAUGUGGGAUGCUUUUAAGAAGGGCUAUAAUGCUGGUCUUUUGGUGAACCCUGAGUUAAGUUACCCAUAUUCAGCGGACAGGCCAUUUACUGAACGGGAAAAAGAUCUGAUUCGACAAGCAGCAUAUCAACAGUCAAAAGACAUUGACCUUAGCGUGGUACGGCUGAUGUUCACUGCUUUCUUGCCAGAUAGCAAUGGUGGUUUUACUAGACGACUUGAACCUGUUAUAUCCGUUCCCAUAUUUGACAGCAAAGCGCCUAAUGCCUCUAAUUUAAAAAUUGUACGGAUGGAUAAAACCUCUGGCUGUGUUACAGGAGGAGAAGAGGUGUAUCUUCUGUGUGAUAAGGUUCAGAAAGAUGAUAUUCAAAUACGUUUCUACGAAGAAGAUGAAAAUGGACACAUCUGGGAAGGAUUUGGUGAUUUUUCACCUACAGAUGUUCAUAGACAGUUUGCCAUCGUAUUUAAAACUCCUAAGUACAAGGAUGUCAAUAUUUGUAGGCCUGCCUCGGUAUUUGUACAGCUUCGGAGAAAAUCAGAUUACGAAACCAGUGAACCCAAACCAUUUCUUUACUACCCAGAAAUAAAAGACAAGGAAGAAGUUCAACGAAAGCGCCUUAAACUCAUGCCAAACUUCUCUGAUGGCUUUGGUGGAAGCGGGGCAGGAUCUGGAGGAGGGAGUGGCAGCGGCAUAUAUGGAAGUGCAGCGGGAGGUUCCGGCACGGGAGGAGGUUAUGGUUUUCACUCAUUCAACUAUACGAAUAGUUACGGAGGACUGCAUUUUCACGGAGGCACAAUGAACUCUAACAAAGCCGUACAACCCCAUUGUGGGGAAUACCAGGAAGGAUGUAAGUCUGAGCUCUACCUGCUUAAAGAGAAUGAAACUAGCUGCCAGCACCUGGAGGCAUCACCGACACCGAAUGACUCCCAAACCGAUCCUGCAAGGGAGGAAGUAGAGGCCUGCAAAGUAUCUGGUUGUCAAUUAUUGGAUAAAACUGUGCAACUUGCAAAGCGACAUGCAGCGUCCCUGUUUGACUAUGCAGUAACGGGAGAUGUGAGAAUGCUGCUGGGAGUGCAGCGCCACCUAGUUUCAGUUCAAGAUGAGAACGGAGACAAUAUUCUUCAUCUGUCUGUUAUUCACCUUCAGUCGGCACUUGUUAAGAUAUUUCUAGAAAUAACUAAAGGAAUUAUAUGUGAAGAUAUUAUCAAUGUGCGAAAUGAUCUGUAUCAGACUCCAUUACAUUUGGCUGUCAUCACGCAUCAAGCUGACGUUGUCCAAGAUAUCCUGAAAGCGGGCGGAGACCCAUUGAUGUUAGACCGCCAUAGAAACUCUGUUCUGCAUCUUGCAUGCAAAGAGGGAGAUGCAGAGACCUUAAGCAUUCUUCUAAAUCACCCGAAGAUAGCUGAGAUCAUAAAUCUUCCAAACAAUGAGGGAUUGAAUGCAAUUCAUGAAGCCGUUAUUGCGAACAGCAUGUCCUGUCUGAGACUAAUGAUAUCAGCAAAGGCAGAUGUGAAUGCACCGGAGCAAAAGUCUGGGAGAAGCCCCCUCCAUCUGGCCGUGGAGCAAGACAACAUCUCCCUGGCAGGGUGUCUUCUGCUUGAGGGAGAUGCUUGUGUGGAUAGUACAACAUAUGAUGGAAAUACCCCUCUUCAUAUAGCAGCUGGAAAAGGUACUGCAAAGCUGACUGCACUCCUGAAAGCAGCAGGUGCAGAUUCUUUAAUUGAAAAUUUUGAACCCCUCUACAUUCCUGGGGACACAGAGGAUGACAGUGACAUAGAUGAAGGCAUUGUCCCCGGUACAAAGCCACUAGACAUGGCCAUCAGUGAUGAGGUGUUUGAAAUACUAAACGGAAAACCAUAUAUCUCACCAGUAUCUUCUGAAGACAUCACCUUAGAAGGAGACAUGAACAGCCUCAGUGAAAAGUCAAAGCAAAAACUUUACUUAUUGUUACAAAGUGAAGAUGCAGACAAGAACUGGUCCACACUGGCACAAUACCUUGGCCUGGGAAUCUUAAACAAUGCUUUCAGGUUAAGUCCUUCUCCUUCCAAAACAUUACUGGACAAUUUUGAGGUUUCAGGAGGAACAAUAGCAGAACUUCUUACUGCCUUAAAAACAAUGUCAUACACAGAAGCUAUUGAUAUUAUUGAGCAGUCACAGACAAGCAUUAAACAUACACAGAAAGCUUCAGAUUCUUCAGAAGCACAAGAAAAAGAUCCCGAGAUAGCAGCAUGUGAUGAAUUCAAGCAACAAUACCAGGAGAGCAUGUGCGAUAGCGGGGUGGAAACAUCCUUUAGAAAGCUGAACCUUUCACAUUGUGAAUUUGAGAAAGUAGGGUCUGGACUCUCAGAACUCCAUUCUCAACUUGAUGUUCCGCUCAUCUGAAAUAGUGCUGUGUAAAAGACUGUGCUUUCUAAAGGCAACCAAUCUACACUGGAAACUAUAGAGCCACUGAAAAGACUGAGGCAUCAUACAGACUUGUUACAUUUGACACCUCAACGUGUGUAACCAAAGAUUAUCAAUUUCAGAUGUUUCUAAGUCUCAAUCACUUAUAUCAAGGCACAGGGGACUUGGAGGUUUGUUGAAAAUGGCAGAACAUUUUUAAUUCUAUUAUUGUCCCUCAGUUAACUGCCAGUAGAAAGGUUUGUGACUUAAUUAUUUACAUAUUGGCGUGAAAUACAUAUUAAGUCUGGCACCUUGUAACCUUUUUCAGGUCUUUGUUUUAAUAUCUUAUUAUAUAUAUUUUAAGAAAGGUUUUAUAUUGUGCAUUUUAUAAUAAAAUAAUGAAUUCCUUCUAGCUUUGUUUCUUCUAGAUUUGUAACACUAAUAAUCCAUAAAAAGCUACUCUAAAGCUUUACUAAACUAGAUCUGAAAAAAUGUUUUUAAUAUAGUAUUUAAGACACUAGAUAAAAAAAACCAAGACAUUUAAAGCACCUAAAUAUUAACAUGUCACACAGUCAUUCACCCUUUUAUAAGAAAAUACUACUCUACAACUCUAUAGGCACUACACAGUAUAUACUAGAACCCUAUAAAAACAUCUGUAUAUGCAUUACACAGAUUUUAUUGUAUUGAUUUUUAGGAAAAUAAGUGGGAUUAACGACAGUCUAAAUAGGGUAUUUAUAUUUUUUAGACCGUUAUUAACUCUUGACAACUUUGUCAGAAUAUGGAGGCUCUUAAAGUAGCAAGAAAUGAAUUUAAUUUAAUAUGCAAUGCGUUUCCAACAAAAUAAAUUAAGGAUCAGAAGGAUAUGUUUUUUCCAUAUCUCUUACAGGGUUAAAUGGAGAAAGGGGAGUGCGCGUAGCCAAGCUAUCUGGAGCCCAUGUUCACAGAUUUAAAAAAAAAAUCUUUAUACACAUCUCGACAAGAAGAUUUUUAAAGAAAAAGUUCCUAUUUAAAGUGACAUAACAUAUUACUUAAAAGUGCUUAAUGUAUAUCUAUGUCUGUGGUGGGAACAGGGAACCUUUCAGUGUUUUCAUGCUGCCCAAACAGAAGACAGCAUGAAACAGAGAGGAGAGGAAAUGUGAUCCUGACACACUGUAAUAUAAUCUGGAAUACUUGGGAAAUUUAGAAAAUAAUUAGGGCAGUUCGCAGUGGCUGCUCUCUGCACCCUGCUGGUCUUAAGUGUCUCUCCCUAUGUGUGUAUAAGUGUUUCAUAUUAAAUCAUUGUGUGCCGAGAUGGGCAGCAUGAAACCACUGACAGGUUUCUUUUAAAGUGUACCUGUCCUAAAGAAAACUUUAUAUAAUGUAGAUAAUACUAUUAUAUGUAUAUUUGUAAUAAACAUUGAUUAAAAAACGUGUAUAUUUUUGGGUGAACAAAUGCUGUCCCUGCAGCUAUUGCCUUUGAGUCUCUGUGUGGAGACCAAAUACAGGAAGUGAGGACAGGACUCUGUGCAGGCUCCUGGCUUGUCAAUCAUCCUGAGGGGGGUGUCACAGAGCCUCACUGCACAGAGCCCUGCUUGUCCACCCACACCUCCCGUAUUUGGACUUCUCACAGACACACAGGCACUAGUUUUAGGGACAAAAAUAUACACAUUUUUUUUAACCAAUGUAUAUUACAGAUAUACAUAUAAUAGUAUUAUCUUCAUUAUAAAAAAAGUUUUUGUUAAUGACAGGUACAGACAAAUUGGACAAGUAUGUCAGUUUUAAUUCAUGCCUGUCACAGCAUAUUCCUACAGGGAAAACAUCCCAGUACAGGUAAUAAGUGUAUAUUAUAAUACA